AUGGCCGAUGGUUACAGGUUUCCGCAGGCGAGCGCAGGAAGCUACUAUCCCCAUACACAACAUCAGCUUGCGAGGCACACGCGAAACCCAUCUCCGCCGAACAGAGCCACAUUCAUAUCAGACGACCAAUCCCCACCAUCGCCCACACAGUCCUCAGCGGAACGGCUGUACAGCAUGUUUAACCAGGGCCACCAGCCAGGCCAGCAUGGCCGGCCGACCACGGCCAACCGUCUACCCAUAAUGUACAACUUCCAACACCAGACUUCCCACCAACAAACCCAUACACAACACCACCAAGAUCAUACGCACACGAAUGGAAAUGUGGCCCACCAUACUACCUAUUCAUCGGGUGUCCUAUCCAACUCUACACCAAACUUUACGCCAGCUACCCAGACUGGCCACGUCACGCCCCAAAGAGGCGCGCAGACACAAAUAACCGAACAUUGGGCGGAGCAAUUGAAGGUAUACAAGGAGACUGAGCGGGCACAUAACAUAAUGCUCGACCAGCAUGCGCCGAACUACUAUGCGAGGACAAAGGGGCACGAGAAUCGGAGCAUACCUGCCGAACCCGCAGCAAAUGAGGAUACCGAGGACAGAGGCCGGCCGUCAAACCAGGAUGGCCCCAUCAGGAGGCAAGAUUGGCACAAUAUGGACAUCAGCGGCCAAGGCCUAAAAGUGCUGACCCCUCCACUGUUUGCGUAUACCUUUUUAAAUGAGCUUUAUAUUGGGUCAAACAAGAUCACGCACAUCCCGGCCUCAAUUGGAAAACUACGCCAGCUCAGGUACCUGGACGCGUCCAAUAACCAAUUGUCAGAUUUGCCGCCAGAACUUGGCAUGUGCGUUUACCUGAAGCACCUUCUCCUCUUUGACAACGAUCUCAGGACGCUACCAAACGAGCUCGGUUCGCUGUAUCAUCUGGAGAUGCUGGGAAUAGAGGGGAAUCCCCUGGACAUUGGCUUGAAGCGAGAGAUUAUGGAAAAUGGCACGAAGGCUCUGGUCCUCCACCUGAGAGAGACUGCACCUGUUCCCAUGCCCCCACCCCCACGGGUGAUGCUAGAGCUCCAAGAAGCAUUGGAGUCUGAAGAGCAUAUCAAGGUAUUCUCGUACAAUACGCUCUGCUUCAAGAUGGCUACAGAGCAAAUGUACGGCUAUACUCCGUCGGAAGCCUUGAGCUGGGAUUACCGCAAGGAGCAGAUCCUACAAGAAGUCCAAGCAUCAGACGCCGACUUCAUAACUCUCCAGGAAGUUGAUAAUGACAGCUUCAAGGAGUUCUUCAGCAUGAAGCUGGCGUACAACGGCUACAAGGGCGUAUUCUGGCCGAAGUCGAGAGCGAGGACGAUGUCGGAGAAGGACGCCAAGGUGGUUGAUGGAUGCGCCACCUUUUACAAAGGCAACAAGUGGAUCCUGCUCGACAAGCAGCUCAUCGAUUUUGCCAACAUCGCAAUCAACCGGCCUGAUAUGAAGAACCAGCAUGACAUUUUCAACCGUGUCAUGCCAAGAGACAACAUCUCGGUUGUCACAUUCUUCGAAAACAGACUCACCGGGGCGCGCGUGGUUGUUGUCAACGUGCACAUCUACUGGGACUUGGCCUUUUCCGACGUCAAGAUCAUCCAAACGGCGAUUCUCAUGGAGUACGUGACAAAGCUGGCCGAUAAAUAUGCCAGAUGGCCAGCCUGCAAGGACAAGAAGGCAUAUGGCAUGGACAACGAUGACCAAGGCGAGCCAGCACCGUCGAUGGAAUACACCAACACCCAGCUGCCGCUGCUCGUCUGCGGCGACUUCAACUCCACGCCAGAGUCGGCCGUCUACGAACUGCUCGCGCACGGCUCCCUUGAGCCAAACCACAGGGAAAUGGGCGAUUACCAGUACGGAAACUUUACACGUGAUGGUAUGCAGCAUCCGUUCUCCCUGCGCUCGGCGUAUGCAAACCUGGACGGCACGCCCGAAGCGCUCGCGUUCACGAACUACACACCGGGAUAUACUGGAAUCCUGGACUACAUCUGGUACUCGACGAAUGCGCUGGAAGUUACUAGCCUCCUGGGGCCAGUCGACCCCGAGUAUCUGAAGCGGCUGCCCGGUUUCCCAAACUACCACUUCCCGAGCGACCACUUGAGCUUGUUGGCUGAGUUUACAUUGAAGAAACAGGGCAAAGACAGGAAGGGGGAUAGGUAG